UGAUCCAGUGACGUCAUGAUGAAGUCAAAAAAGAGGCGGAGAGAGAUAGAGAGAGAAAGAGAGAGAGAGAGAGAGAGAGAGAGAGAGAGAGAGCUUAGACGUAAUUGAGUCCUCUGUGCAUAGCAGUAAUAAUACAAACACAGCAAACACACUAUAUGUUCCGGUGAAUCCGGCUCCAGGUGAAUCCUCUACUUCUGGCUGCCAGCGGCUCUGAUGCGGGCAGGACAGGCAGCGUCCUCUCCGGCAUCCAGAGGUGCAUGAGGAGAGCCGACAGGGAGGGGUCCUUUGAUAUUAGGGCUGCUUCCUUCUGGAUGGAGACCGGCUGUUUGCAGGCAGCGAUGGCCAUGGAAGAUGUCUCGAAAAAGGCGUCCGCCCGGAAUGUGGCAGUGGAGCGAAAAAACCUCAUCACUGUUUGCAGGUUUUCAGUAAAGACUCUAUUAGAGAAAUACACAGCUGAGCCCAUUGAUGAUUCAUCAGAAGAGUUCAUCAAUUUUGCAGCCAUCCUCGAGCACAUCCUCAGCCACCGCUUUAAGGGCUCCAGCAGCUGGUUUGAUGGCCAGAGAAGUUUCUGGGACUUCAUCCGGCUGGCCUGCGCUAAAGUGCCCAACAGCUGCAUUAGCAGCAUCGAGAGCAUGGAAAACAUCAGCACCUCACGAGCAAAGGGCCGAGCCUGGAUUAGAGUAGCCCUGAUGGAGAAGAGGCUGUCUGAAUACAUAGCUACUGCUCUGAGAGACAGUAGAACAACCAGGAGACUCUAUGCAGAAGGAGCUGUCAUGUUAAGAGAAGAAGCCACAGUGCUAACAGGGAUGCUCAUAGGUCUUGGAGCCAUAGACUUCAGUUUCUGUCUGAAAGGGGAAGCCUUGGAUGGUAAAUCCUCUGCUGUGAUUGACUACACGCCAUAUUUGAAAUUCACACAAAGCUAUGAUUACAUGAGUGAUGAUGACGAUCGACGGAGUGUUGACAGCAGCACAAGUGAUGACAGUGUCCCUGAACAUCCCUACAUCCCUCUGGUCACUGAUGAGGAGAGCUGGAGCACAAAGUGUCGCAAGAUGGAGCAGAGGUUCAAGAUCGUCAAUGCUCAGAAGGGUUACCUGGAGGAACUUGUGCGUCUGCGUGAGUCCCAGCUGAAGAACACAGAGACGGAGAACAAGAGGCUAAAGGCCCGGCUGGAGGAACUACAGAGCCAGAGCCAACAGGAAAAGAAGGAACUGGAGGCCAUAGUCCUGGAGCUUCAGGAGCAGCUGACAAGCUUGAUUCCAUGUGACUCCAACCACUUGGCCAAAAACCUUUCAAUCCCCCUCGUCAACCAGUGGCCGACGCUCCAGCCGUACAACAACGAGGAGGACGUCAAGCUGUUCCGCAGGAGAAGUUUCCCCAGCACAGAGCUGCUGUCAGUGGAGAUCAGCCUGGAUUCAGACUCCCAGAGGAUCGAGGGGAAACAGAAUGGAGGAGCCUGGUGCACAGGAAAGGACUACACUCCCUCCAUGAUGGGCCUGUGUGGGUCCUUGGCCUCCAUUCCGAGCUGCAAGUCCCUGGCAAGCCUCAAGUCCAGUGAGUGCCUGGUCAACAUCAGCACAGAGAACAGUCCUGCCCUCUCUCCCAGCUAGGGGGCGCCAAAGAAACACUGCCAACCACUGAACAGACACUGAGACAAUUCAACAUGAAAACAAAAAUGACUUCUUUUGGUAGGCGGACAAAUGCUUGCUCUUUCGUGGCCCUUACGUGAGUCCCUUUACUUUUAGGCUCUGAGCCCAGCUCUCUGUCAACUUACACCUUUUUGUGAAAGAGUAGCCUCCCUGUGUGGGACUGUCCAACAAAGACGCAGGAAUAGCUGCUGUACUGCCCGAUGGCCUCCUUCAGUUUCACUGUCUUUCAUAAUCUCGACAUGAUUAAGCCUCGUGCAAUGCAAACAGACGGUUCAAGUUUGAACUCUCUUACGUCAUGAAGCUUGAUUUUGUGCAAUUACAGUCAUGUAUCUGUACUGGUCAUAUUCAUCCAAACUCACUGUAGUGUUAUGUACGUAUUUGUCCAUUUGUCUGUGUCUUAUCAGUCUGUCACUGUAUCUUCUGCCUGUUGCAUAAUACUGGCAGUGCAGGAUGGAUGAGCUGUUAUAACCCUUUAGGGAACAGAAACAAUGUUUUGCCAUACACUUAUAAGAGGACUGGUUAAAUGAUUACAGAGAUGAAAGAGGGGCUUAUAAUGUGCAAGUUAAAAUGUGGCUAGAGGGUUUUAUGAAAAAGAUUAUUUAAAUUUAACAGAAGCAGCUUUAUGAUAUUCAGUUGAAUGACAGUUUAGGCCUUAUUCAAUCAUACAUUAGUUACAGAUUUUAGGAUGUGACAUGAAAAACCUGUCAGGCUAACAAGGUUUGCAGAGCUGCUACAAUGUGAACAUAAAAAAAUAGACAUACUAUCUAUUGCAUACAAAUGCAAAGUGCAUUGAGACUAUGCAGAAUGAAUGUUUUCAUUGUCUUUCUCUACAAACCUGGCUUGAUACAGCAGGAGAGAAAUAGUGAAUGUGCAACGUGCCUAUGUGUGUAUCAUUUGAUUUUUGGUUUUCAUUUUUUCCUGUGAUCUGUUCUUCUUCUAUUAUCAUUUAUUUUAUGACAUACUUACUUGUAUCAUUUGCCAUUAUGUAAAUUGCAAUCUCAUGCAGUGUUGUUGAGAGUCGGGAUAAAUUGUGUUAUUUAAAACUGCAAUAAAACUGCCUUUUUUUGAAACGUUAAA